AAGUUGUGUAAGAUCAAAAGUAUGCAUAUGAGAACUGAAAGUCUCAGUUCCCAACUGUAAAAAAAACUUCCUUCUCUUUUAGUCCACUUCCCCUCUAAAAUAGCUUCAAAACCAGUUAAGUCUUGUGGAUUAUACCAGUGGGUCCAAAUUAUAAAGUUACACGCACAUGUGUUUUAUGACAGCAGGUUCAGAGAAGAGAAUAAGUUUGGAGAAGCCCAGAAAGACAACAUGAAAACUGUUGCAACCUUCUUGAUUCUUGUGCUGAGUUGUUUCUCCACCUGUCACGGUUGGACAUGCAAAGCGGCCCCGCAGCACUUACCUGCUGCACAGCUUGAUGCUGGAGAAGGAAAAGUCGUGAUGACAGACGAGCUCUCCAAUGCCUUCUUCCUGAGUGGCUCAACUUGGUACAAACUGGGCACCGUUCCUCUCAAGCACAUCUCAGUCGGACCUGCAGGACUCUGGGGGAGUCCUGCAGGUUUAUUAUUUGUAGACCCUUUGAACAGGGUCUACAAAUAUGUCGCUGGAGAUUUCAUUUCUCUUAACGGUCUUAAUUUGAAGCAGGUGGAUGCUGGUGGUGAYGGUCAGAUUGUGGGAGUUUCACGCACUGACACCAUUCACUGCCUGAGGAGUGACAUUGCAUCAUCCUAUCAGMAGCUUGGUGCUGUGAGCUGGAGUAACAUAUCAGGCUUGCUGAAAUAUUUAAGCUGUGGACCCAAUGGAUGCUGGGGAACAAACACCAAGGAUCAGAUCUACUUUACAAAAGUUACACCAACCACCUGUGACAUGAGUGGUUGGAUACUCAUCCCAGGAGCAGCAAAAAUGGCUGAAGUUGGGACAGAUGGAAGUGUCUUUGUUGUAAAUGCUGGUGGGAACGUCUWUCAAAGAACUGGCAUCUCCAGCUCAGUUCCACAGGGCAGAGCCUGGGAGCAGAUCCCCAUAUGUCUGCCAAUCAGCCACGCUACCUACGACCUGGGACGCCUGUGGCUUGUGGCUGACGGCGGUCUUAUCUUGCAGUGUGUUUCGUAAAGUGACUGUCCUCACUACAGUCUUUUCUCUUAUGGCCCAGAUGGCCUAGCGAAAUUUUCAUUUAAUUUGAUUAAUCAAGGUUUUGCUUUUUCUCAUGAUUUUAGCAGUAGUCAACAAUCAUGGUGGUGAAAUAAAUGACUGUAAUAAUGAUUAUGACCUAUAUCAUGCAAAAAGGCACAUUGACUUAAAACAUUUCUGCCUUGGUUUUAUAAAAGAUAGAAAAAUGCUUUGCUUGAUGAUUCAUUGUGUUCAUUAAUUAGUAACAUGCAUGUUACACAGUCCACACAUUACAUGUAUGUUGUGAUUGUUUUA